GCUAUCAGAAUAUACUCAACAGAACGUAAAAACAAUGAAAUUGAAAUGACUUUGUUUUUAUCUAUCAACCCUAAUGAUCGAGACCCUGAAUCACAAGCCAUUUUCAAAAAAGACGAAUAUUAUUUUGUCAGAAGAAAAAUUGUACCUGGAUUCUAUGCUGGACAAAUUAGAUUAAAA